AGUGACGCGCUCCGCACCGCUCGCGUGGUCCGGAGAGGUUCGCGCGGGUCCCCUCGGGCCGGGCCUGGGAAGUUGGAGCUGGUUUUUAUCCCGCGGUAAGGCAGAGCGGAACCCGGAGCCGUCGCCAAGAUGGUGAAGCCCAAGUUCAAAGGACGGAGCACCGUCAACCCCUCCACGGCCAGCACCAACCCGGAUCGAGUACAGGGAGCAGGAGGCCAGAACAUGAGGGAUCGGGCCACAAUCCGGCGCCUGAAUAUGUACAGGCAGAAGGAGCGCAGGAAUAGUCGUGGCAAAGUCAUUAGACCGCUGCAGUAUCAGUCAACGGUAGCUUCCGGCACAGUGGCACGAGUGGAGCCAAAUAUUAAGUGGUUUGGGAACACGCGUGUGAUUAAGCAGUCAUCCUUACAGAAAUUUCAAGAGGAAAUGGAUAAAGUAAUGAAGGAUCCAUACAAAGUUGUCAUGAAGCAAAGCAAGUUACCCAUGUCUCUUCUCCAUGACCGAGUCCAGCCUCAUAACUCAAAGGUACAUAUUCUUGAUACUGAAAGUUUUGAAACCACAUUUGGCCCUAAAUCACAGAGAAAGCGGCCAAAUUUGUUUGCAAGUGAUAUGCAGUCUCUCUUAGAAAAAGCUGAAACGUCCACUGAAAGCUAUGACCAGGGCAAGGAUCGCGACCUGGUGACCGAGGACACGGGUGUGAGAAAUGAAGCUCAGGAAGAGAUCUAUAAAAAGGGACAGUCUAAAAGAAUAUGGGGUGAGCUCUACAAGGUAAUAGACUCAUCAGAUGUUGUAGUUCAGGUUCUUGAUGCUCGAGAUCCGAUGGGCACUCGUUCUCCUCACAUUGAGGCUUACUUGAAAAAAGAAAAACCCUGGAAGCAUCUCAUUUUUGUACUUAACAAGUGUGACCUUGUUCCAGCGUGGGCAACAAAACGAUGGGUUGCUGUCCUCUCCCAGGACUAUCCAACACUUGCUUUCCAUGCAAGUCUUACUAACCCCUUUGGCAAGGGAGCGUUCAUUCAGCUUCUGCGGCAGUUUGGAAAGCUGCACACGGACAAGAAACAAAUCAGUGUUGGAUUCAUUGGAUAUCCAAAUGUAGGCAAAAGCUCGGUUAUAAACACAUUGCGUUCCAAGAAAGUUUGCAGCGUGGCCCCCAUUGCAGGAGAAACAAAGGUCUGGCAGUAUAUUACUUUGAUGCGACGGAUAUUCCUGAUUGACUGUCCAGGCGUGGUUUAUCCUUCUGAAGACUCAGAGACAGACAUUGUGCUGAAAGGAGUGGUUCAAGUUGAAAAAAUUAAGACUCCUGAGGACCACAUUGGUGCUGUCCUUGAACGAGCAAAGCCAGAAUACAUCAGCAAGACUUACAGGAUUGAUUCCUGGGAGAGCGCUGAGGACUUUCUUGAGAAGCUAGCUUUCCGUACUGGGAAGUUACUGAAGGGUGGCGAGCCUGACUUGCAGACGGUGGGUAAAAUGGUUCUCAAUGACUGGCAGAGGGGCCGCAUUCCUUUCUUUGUCAAGCCACCCAACUCAGAGCCAUCUGAAGACCCUCAGCUUCCACCUUCCUCAUCUUUGGAAGUUGCCCAAGAAACAACUGAGCACAGCCCAGAAGAGGAGACGACUGAGACUGUUGGUGAGAGGUCAGAAUCUGUGACCAAAAAGGAACAAGAGGUGCAUUGUCCCCAAGAUUCCAACUCAGAGAUGCAGCAGAUCCUUGCACGGGUCCGGCAGAACUUCGGCAAAAUUAAUGUUGUGCCUCAGUUUUCUGGGGAUGACCUGGUUCCUGUGGAGGUGUCAGACAUCGAAGAAGAUCUUGAAAGUUUGUCUGCAGAAGAGGUGGAGCAGGAGCAGCCAGGAGAGGAUGAGGAAGAGUCUUGCCAGGACCCCCAAGAAGAGCCAAUGGGAAGCAACACCAAAGCAGUGAUUAAAGCCCUGGACGAAAAGAUUGCCAAGUACCACAAGUUUUUAAAUAAAGCCAAAGCUAAAAAGUUCUCAGCAGUCAGAAUAUCCAAGGGAUUAAGUGAAAAGGUUUUUGCAAAAUCAGAAGAACAGAGAAAAAUGUCUGAAGGAGUAAACCAGAGAAAACCGUCUGGAGAAGUAGAUGAUACAGUACCUACCAAAAAGGGAAGAAAGCGGAAGGCACAGAGGGAAGAGGAACCUUCAAAUAAAACUCCAAGAACACUGACAUCUAAGGAACGGAGGAGAGCAGCACGACAACAGCAGUCCAGAAAAGUGGGUGUGCGCUACUAUGAAACCCACAAUGUGAAGAACAGGAAUAGGAACAGAAAGACCGCUGGGGACUCAGAGGGACAGAAACACAGACACAAAAGAUUCAGACAUAAGCAGUAACAUUGAAAAAGCUGUUUAUUAAAUUAUACAAAAAUA